AUGCUGAAACAACAGCAGACACCCGGCUCAGGCGGGAGAAAAGCGUCUAACGGAACCACGGGCCCAGCCGGUAUGUCAUCCCCAGUCAGCGGCAUCAACAGCGGCAACAGGACACCGGCCGGGAGGAAUCGAACUUCUGCGAAACCAUCAUUCCAGGCAUCUCCUGUGUUCGAGGGUGUUUACAAUAAUGCCAGAAUGCUUCACUUUCUCACAGCUGUUGUGGGUUCCACUUGUGACAUUAGAGUGAAGAAUGGCAGUGUAUUUGAAGGAAUAUUCAAGACCCUCAGUUCUCGGUGCGAGUUGGCUGUAGAUGCUGUACACAAGCGUGGUGAAGAGGAGGGCUCAACAUCUGCUCCACCACGGAGGGAAGACAUCACUGACACCAUGAUCUUCAGCCCAUCUGACCUGGUUACUAUGAUCUGCAAAGACGUGGACCUCAACUAUGCCACCAGAGACACCUUCACCGACACUGCCAUCAGCUCCACUCGUGUCAAUGGAGAACACAAAGAGAAGGUGCUGCAGAGAUGGGAAGGGGGAGACAGCAAUGGAGAGAGUUAUGAUCUGGAGAACGAUGCAUCCAAUGGCUGGGAUGCCAAUGAGAUGUUCCGUUACAAUGAAGUCAAGUAUGGUGUUACAUCAACCUAUGAUUCCAGUCUCUCCAUGUACACCGUCCCGCUGGAAAGGGGCAACUCAGAGGUUUAUCGGCAGAGGGAGGCACGUGCUGCUCGCCUCGCCAGUGAGAUCGAGUCUAGUCCCCAGUAUCGCCAUCGUGUCAACCUGGAAAAUGAUGAGGGCAAGAGUGAGGAGGACAAAUACAGCGCUGUGGUGCGGGAUGGGAACGAUCGGGAGAGGGGCCGUGAGAGCCCCCGUGACAGGGAGCGUGAAAGGGGCCGAGACAGCCCUGGAGCUAGUAGCAGGGAGGGCAAGUACAUUCCAUUACCUCAGCGCCAGAGAGAGAUGAACCGGGAGCGGGAACGAGCUGAGAGAGGGUCUGGCGGGCCUCCAUCUCACAAUCGCCUUAGCGGAGGAUACCGCUCCACCCCUCCAUCCUCCUCAUCCUCGUCCCCCAGACCCCCACUACCUUCCGCUACUGGAUCCCAGCCUGGUGCGUCCCCUUCAGAGAGGAGUAGCCCUCUAUCAGGCCGUGGUGGAGCUUACACUCCCCACCUCCCCCAGGGGAGCCCCAGCCCAGGCCCUGGCUCUGGCCCUACAAGCCCAUACACCCCACCCUCUCCUGCUGGAUCUGCACCCGCCACAUCCUCUGCUGCUGCCGCCACGUCCCCUGCCAGCCCCCCUGCUCCACACCUAAACACAGUCCCUCAUUCUCACUCACUCCCACACUCGCUGUCUGAUGCUGGCAGGCCAGUUAAUGGAGUGUCUGCCAGAACAUCUCCCAAAGCCCAAAGACCUCCACAGUCGAGCAGAUCAGUCCGCACUCCAAACUCACACAGCCAGUCCACAGCUACUCGAUCUCCUAAAUCAGGAUCUUCACAAGACACACCUUAUUUGGACACAUCAUCUGUCUCCCUUCCUGCCCAGAAGACAUCUGGCCCGGCUCCCCUCUUCCCUGUAGAUGUGAAUGAGAUCCUUGGUGCAGCUGCUAAAGAACGUUCAGCUGAGUCUCCCAGCAGCACAGAAGAGAGCAAGAGUAAUAAAGCUCCGUCAGUUCAACAAAGGUCACAGCUUGAGGAGUUGCGCAAAUUUGGCAAGGAAUUCAGGCUCCAGUCAAGUGGAGGCGGUUCUAGCUCGCCAAGCUCUCCAGCCACAGCUACGCCUCCUGCUGUUGCUGAGGUCAACCAGCCGAGCGCAGCCAAACCCACCCAAGCAGAUGCUCACCCUGCCUCUGAGGCCAAAUCUCAGGCCCCAGCCUCUAUCCCAUCACAGCCCCAACCUCAGCCAUCCCCAGCCCCUGCUGAGGAUCCUGCCAAGGAGGCGGCUGCUACACCUGGCACCACAGCAUCCGUCACCACAGGACCCGGUUCUGACAGGCAAUCACCAGCUACCCCUCAACCAGCCAGGACCCCAGGAAGCGAUGAGGCGAGGUCUGAGACAACAGAGCGGACGGAUGGUGUAGCAGACCAAGUAAAGAAAUCAACCCUAAACCCCAAUGCUAAAGAGUUCAACCCCAUCAAACCCCAGAUGCCUAUGACAAAGCCCAACACUGCACCCACCCCUCCUCGGCCCACACCUCCCAGCCCCGUGGUCCUGCAGCACCCAGGUGGACAGGGACCACUGUACAACACCCCCUACCUCUCCUACGUGUCACAAAUUCACUCUGUACAGCCCCCACCAAUGUACCAGUACACCAUGUCUACAGUCAGCCAGGGAAAAUACCCCAGGACCAAAGGCUCAGUUGUGGCUCCACGCUCAGACCACGGGACUUCAGCGCCCCCCAUGCUGCAAGCUGCCGCCUCAGCUGCUGGGGCCCCUCUGGUGGCCUCCCCCUACCCUCAGUCCUACCUGCAGUACAACCCACAGCAGUACGGCCAGCAGCAGGUCAUCCAGGCCAUGACACCAUACCCUGGACAGCCCAUGUACUCCAUGCUACAGGGUGGAGCUAGGAUGAUUGGUCAAGGUGGGGGUCCUCACCCACAAGCCCUUGGACCACCAGGAGGCCCUCAGUUUCCUGCACAGGGAGAUGGACCUCAGGGACCACAACAGGGCAUCUAUGCUCCACAGUCUUUCUCCCAUCACUCUGGUGCAGUGCAUCAGCCACAGCCCUCCAGUACUCCAACCGGAAACCAGCCUCCACAACAUGCCGCACCUAGCCCAGGACAGAAUGCUCAGUCAGGCCCACAGCAGUCCUUGUACCACUCAGGUCCCCUUUCAGCUCCCACUCCACCAAACAUGCCGCCAGGCCACACAUCUCCACAGGGCUCAUACCCCAUCCAGGGCUACAGCAUUCACAGCCACCAAGGCAUCCCACCUACAUACCCUCUAGGACAGUUGGCACAGGCACAUGUACAAGGAGCCAUGUCGGGUCCCCACCACUCUGGGAGCCAUGGCCAGCCACAGUUAGUGAUGUUACAGCCUCCCCCUCAGCAGGGUCCUGGCUCCGUGCCUCAGCACCCACAACACGGACCUCAGCAAGGAGCGCACCAACACUUCUAUAUACCAACACAUCCACAAGCAAUGCAGGUUCAAACACACCCAGCUACAUUUCAUCCACCUGGAAACUAAACCCCUCUGCCCCUGCCGCCCUCCAUGUUGAACUGUCCCAGGAAUGAACCCCCCUCCUAAGAUCCCCACUGCCUGCUGGAUGUGAGGCCCAGACUGAAAUGCAACUCAUACAAAACAAGUCUGACAAGAUAAAAACGGAGAGAAGAGGAGAAAAAAACGCCUCAGCACCUUAUUGUUCUGCUGUAAUAUUCUUCAUCAGUACAAAUGCCGGCGUUGGCCUCAGAUGAGGAGGACCUUUCUAAGGCUAGUGAUGAAGGUGGCAGACAACGGCAGCAGUGUCCGACCCCUCUCCCCCUGCUGCCGUCCCACUCUCCUCUUCAACUUCCCUUUUCAGAGGCGUGAGGCACCUUGCUGGGCGGACCAGUCAGAGAGGAAUAUCAACAAAUGAAAAACAGCAGCAGACACUUUAUCUUCCGCCAUUAUGUUUUCGCCUUGCGAGGUUUUGUUACCAACGAGAUGUAAAUGGGAAACUGACUCCAGCUUCUCGUGAAUACAGAACGAAAGGAGGGAUUUGAAGAGGAGAGGGGAUUUUUAGCAAUUUUUUAA